GAAAGAAUAAAGAGGGUUAAGGGAAUUAGCUGUUCAGGAUAGAAAAUGCCUUCUUCGAAUUCGAAUAAGAAGAAGCAUUCCAAGUCAAAGCACGAAGCUGCUUCUUCUGCACCACCGGUUACUCCUCCUCGAACGCCGUCACGCCCCGACGACGAGGCCGACCUCGCCGCUUCUCUCUGCCUUCCAGAAGCUUCUCGAAGGUACCCUUCCUUCAUCGGAGCAUCUGCCUUUGUAGCUCAAAUCUCCGCCGUUGAUAAUGCGCCUAAUUCCAAGGACUCCAGAAUCUGGCUCUCCGAACUUGCCAUGGUUUCCUCUUCUCUUGCCCCUGGUACUCUUGUCUCGGUGUCAAUUGCUUCAUCAAUGAACAGAAGUGUGCAAUUGAAUCCUCUCAAGUCAUUAGUUGAUGAAUGUGUUAGAUGCUACGGCUUGGAAACUGGGAAGACGUUGAACGAUGAUGUCACAGGGAAUUACUUUGUGCUUGCAACUGUUUUCCCUUCUACGAAGGUUUUGAAGAAUGGAGUACGUCUGUCCUCAAAUAUUUCUUGUACAAUGGGAUGUCCUCCUUUGGGUACAAUAGUGUUUGUUUACCCAGUACAGAAACAGUACUUAUCUGGUCUUGCAAAUGGGAGCAAUGAACUGCAUUAUACAGAAAGUAAUUGUCUCUCGAUAUAUAAUUGCAAGGAAUUGUAUCUACAGCUUGCUCCUCAUAAGGAUGGAUUUCAAUUGGACAUUAAUAACUCAGCCUCUGUGACGAAAUCCCAAGUCCAAUCAGACAGUGAUAUUUUUGCAUCUCCUAGCACACCUUCUAAUGGAUCAAAAUUUUCUAAUGCUAGUGUGUUGUCUUCUCCAAGAUUUGAAGAUUCAGCAUCAACUAUACCCAUUCAGAAUAAUCAAUCUAUGGCUUCAUUCAAUAUUAUGGAUGCAUUAGGAGAUGAAAGUUCGAAAAAAUUACUACAGGCAUGUGCAACAUCAUGGUUAUAUUCUCGUUAUUUACUGCUAGGUAAUUUUGUCUCUGUACCAAUGUUUUCAGAGGUGUGCAUUUUCCAAGUGAUAGGAGCCAAAAAGUCACCAGUUGAUAGAGCUGAUAAUUAUUCAUCAAAUGGGAUCAAUAAUUUGUGUCUUGAGGAUUCUGAUGUAGCAGAAAAUGUGAAUGAGGCAAUAGUUGUCAAUUGUGAAACAAAGGUAUUUUUAUCUUUGCAAUCAAAUGCAGCAUCUAAAGAGUCAAUUCAAAGGGAUUUGCCCAGUGAAAAACGUAAAGCAGAGGUUGCUAAUCCUAGCAUAUAUGAUAAUAUUUCUAAACUGGGUGGUCUCUCUAAAGAAUAUACAGUUUUAAAGGAUAUAAUUUCUUCAUCAGUAAAGGAUGCUUUAUCAAGUUUUGGUUUACGUAUCACAAGAGGAGUCCUUCUACAUGGUCCACCUGGUAUAGGGAAGACUUCCCUUGCUCAAUUAUGUGCUCAUGAUGUUGGGGUAAAUUUUUUCCAAAUAAAUGGACCUGAAAUUGUUACCCAGUAUUUUGGGGAAAGUGAGCAAGCAUUGCAUGAAGUUUUUGAUUCAGCAAUUCAAGCUGCACCUGCUGUGGUAUUCAUUGAUGAAUUAGAUGCAAUUGCCCCUGCAAGAAAAGAUGGAGGUGAAGAGCUAUCUCAAAGAAUGGUUGCAACAUUAUUGAAUUUGAUGGAUGGAAUUAGUAGAACCGAAGGGUUGCUUGUAAUUGCUGCCACCAACAGGCCUGAUCAUAUUGAGCCGGCUCUCCGACGACCUGGAAGAUUUGACAAAGAAAUCGAAAUUGGUGUGCCGUCCCCAAAACAACGCUUGGAUAUUUUGUUCACUCUUCUUUGUGGAGUGGAUCAUUCUCUCUCAGAUUUACAAGUUGAACACCUUGCCACUGUCACUCAUGGUUUUGUGGGCGCUGAUCUGGCUGCCCUUUGCAAUGAGGCGGCGCUGAUUUGUCUAAGACGUUAUGCUAAUUUAAAGAAGAGUUGUGGUGAUUCUUCCAAUGAUCUAACAGAGCAACCCACAUUGAUGAAUGGUGAAACAAACUCCAGAAAUCAAUCAGGUAUUGCAACUUCAUCUGUUUCAGAAUCUGAUACAUCAGUGGCCUCCAAUGCUGUAUUACAGCUCUGCAUGAUGGACACAACUUCGGAAUCUAUGGAAAUAAUUUCUGAUAGUGAUAAAGACCACAAUUUGAAAGUCAGUUUUGAAGAUUUUCAGAAGGCUAGAAUGAAAAUAAGACCCAGUGCCAUGCGAGAGGUAAUCCUUGAGGUUCCAAAGGUCAAUUGGGAAGAUGUAGGUGGUCAAAAUGAAGUCAAAGCUCAGUUAAUGGAAGCUGUAGAGUGGCCCCAGAAGCACCGUGAUGCGUUCAACCGUAUUGGGACUCGCCCUCCUACAGGUGUAUUGAUGUUUGGGCCUCCAGGUUGUAGCAAAACCCUCAUGGCACGAGCAGUUGCAUCUGAAGCUGGGCUGAACUUCCUAGCUGUCAAGGGUCCUGAACUCUUCAGCAAAUGGGUUGGUGAAUCAGAGAAGGCUGUCAGAUCAUUGUUUGCAAAAGCAAGGACCAAUGCCCCAUCCAUUGUAUUUUUUGAUGAAAUUGAUAGUCUUGCUGUAACCCGUGGGAAGGAAAGUGAUGGUGUUUCAGUGUCAGAUAGGGUCAUGAGUCAACUUCUUGUUGAAUUGGAUGGUCUGCAUCAAAGAGUUAAUGUCACUGUCAUAGCUGCUACAAAUAGGCCAGAUAAGAUUGAUCCUGCCCUUUUAAGACCAGGACGCUUUGAUCGCCUGCUUUAUGUUGGACCUCCAAAUGAGACAGACAGAGAAGAUAUAUUUCGCAUUCAUUUGCGUAAAAUUCCAUGUGAUUCUGAUGUAAGUAUUAAAGAACUUGCUCACCUCACAGAUGGUUGUACUGGGGCUGACAUAUCACUAAUAUGUCGAGAGGCAGCCGUUGCAGCGAUUGAGGAGAACCUUGGUGCUUCAGUUAUAUCAAUGAAGCAUUUAAAGAAGGCAAUCAAUCAGGUCCAGCCAUCUGAAGUACAGUCCUACCAGAAGCUGUCAGCAAAGUUUCAAAGGGCUGUUCGCAGCUGUGAUACAAAUGAACUUGAUCAUAUGCCGCACAAAAGUGGAUAUACUUCGUUCAACGUUCGCAGGAAUGUCUUAAAAUCUUGCGCGUUGCUCCUUCCUAUUCCAGCAGUCAUUCUUUAUUUGCGGACAGCCCGAAGUGGUUAACCAUAGUGCAAUCUUAAUCAUGGGAAUCCUCUUUUGCAAACUGACUAGAUGAAGCCUGUGUUCAUAUGGCUGCUGCUGGGUUCAUUUGUUGAGGCAUAUGUGCACCACCAAGGCGUCAGGUAUUGUAAAAAAAAAAAAAGACAAGUAUAAGAGCAACUCCAAUGCCUGAUAUAAUGCGUCCCAGUUUUGCCCUUUUUGUCAAAGGAAUAGGGAUGUCAUACAUUUGUGCUCAAAACCCCAUGACUGAAUCAUUGGUCAGGCUUUCUGCAUGAAUAUGAAAAUAUUUUGAGAAUAAUUACUGAUUAUGGUCUCAUUUGGAAUUUGUGCUUCAUCAAUGUUUGUUACUUUAUAAAUGUGAGAGGUGGUGCUAUUAUCUGAGGAAAUUGCCACCUAAAUGUUUGUAACUAACUACUCAGUUGACAGAUGAGUGUACAUAUUGCUCUUUUUGGCUAUCCAGUCUCAAUGCCGCUGUGCUGGAGAAUUUUGUAUCCGCUACAGGUAUCGUCACAUCAUGUAGAUGAAACUUGACAAUUUUUUUCUCUUUUUUUGUUUAAAAUUAUAUUUUUGGGUCUGUGAUGAUGAUAUUUUUCUAGUUCAAUCAUUCUUUUAGCUAAAGAUUCACAAUUUAUGCAUUGAAGUUUAUUGUAUGCUAAACAUUGUUGGCAACA